AUGGGACUACCUAAGGGGUCGAAAGGGGGUCGAUCAACGCCUGGGGUCAAAAAUAGGGGUGAUCAACGCCUGGGGUCAAAAGAGGGGUCGAUCAACGCCUGGGGGUCAAAAGAGGGGUCGAUCAACGCCUGGGGGUCAAAGAGAAGGGGUCGAUCAACGCCUGGGGGUCAGGGGUCGAUCAAAUCAAAAAAAGGGGUCGAUCAACACUGGGGGUCAAAAAGGGGUCGAUCAACUGGGGGUCAAAAGAGGGGUCGAUCAACGCCUGGGGUCAAAAGGGUUCAACGCCUGGGGGUCAAAGAGGGGUCGAAUCAACGUUGGGGGAUCAAAAUGAGGGGUCGAUCAACGCCUGGGGGUCAAAAAAAGGGGUUGAUCAAUACCUGGGGGUCAAAAGAGGGGUCGAUCAACGCCUGGGGGUCAAAAGAGGGUCGAUCAAAUCGCCUGGGGAAAGGGGUCGAUCAAGGUCAAAGAGGGUCGAAGGGGUCAACGCCUGGGGGUCAAAAGAGGGGUCGAUCAACGGCUGGGGGUCUAGGGGUGUCAAUACCUGGGGGUCAAAAGAGGGGUCGAUCAAAUGCCUGGGGUCAAAAGAGGGUCGAUCAACGCCUGGGGGUUCACACGGCGCCACAAGGCAGCCCCUUUGUUCACAUCAAUGUAACAUCUUCCUCAAAGCGAAGAGGCCUGCGUGGGAGCCUAUGA